CUUUCUCCCACCCGGAAUGUAACCAUAUUCGACAAGAUCGUGGGGGUCCAGGCCACCAUUACAGCUAUUACCACCACUCUAACGCUGUAUCCUGCACUCACUCCCCAUGGGAGCGGGACUAGCCGUCUAGAUUCAUGCAGAUUUGCGGAGGAGUGCCGUGCCAGCUGGCUGCUUGCAGCGAGGCCCUUAUUUAAAGACGUUUGUGUCACCCUGUACUUUAGUUUAGCUUAGCUAGUCUUCCUCUAGUUUUCUCGAUUUCAGUGUAUGCGCUUCACGUUUCCACGUGGGUUAGCCUUUACUUUCAGGUUGGGAGUCUGUGGUAUCACACUCAAAUCAAGAAAGUGUAUAUAACACUCGCACGCAAUAUCACUCAGAGGGAGCAACACCGCCACAAUGGACCUCAUCCCAUCAUGGAACGUGGUGCAUCGAUUCGAAAAGCGCGCGCUCCUGAUCGCCAUCAACAGCGUCGCCGCGCUCUCGAUCCUCUUCUUCGGCUAUGACCAGGGUGUGAUGGCCGGUGUGAACAAUUCCAAGGACUACAUCGACUUGAUGGGAUUCGGGUACACGGAAAUGAAGAACGGGGAGCUGACCGCCGUGGUCACGGACAGUCUACUACAAGGGGGUAUCGUGUCCGUCUACUACCUUGGGACGCUGUGCGGUGCGUUGCUGGGGGGUUGGAUCGGAGACAAGAUCGGCCGGAUUAGGACGAUUGCUGUUGGUGCGGCGUGGGCGGUCGUCGGCGCCUGUCUGCAGUGUUCGGCGCAGAACCACGAUUGGAUGAUUUGCGCACGUUUGGUCAAUGGUAUCGGGACGGGGAUCCUGAAUGCCAUCGUCCCUGUUUGGGCGACGGAGACGGCUGAGCAUACUUCGCGAGGACAGUUCAUUGCCAUUGAGUUCACGCUGAAUAUCUUCGGUGUGGUGGUCGCGUAUUGGUUGGAGUUUGGCCUGUCCUUCAUCGACGGCGGCCGGUCCGCUUUCCGCUGGCGCUUCCCCAUCGCCUUCCAGAUCAUCUUCCUGCUCAUGUUGUUCGGCGUGGUCUGGUUCUUCCCCGAGUCGCCCCGCUGGCUCGUCAAGGUCGGCCGGGAGCAAGAAGCCCGGUACAUCCUCGGCCGGCUGCGCGGCAACACGGGGGAUGAUGCUGUGCGCGCUGAGGCGGAGUUCCGCGACAUCCAGAGUGUGGCCGAGCUGGAGCGAUCUCUGAAUCACAGCACGUCGUACCUGGCCAUGUUGUUCGGAUACAAGACAGGGAAGUUGCACCUGGGCCGACGAGUACAGCUGGUGAUCUGGUUGCAGAUCAUGCAGGAGUGGGUCGGCAUUGCAGGCGUGACGGUUUAUGCACCGACAAUCUUCAGUAUCGCCGGGUUUGACUCGAUGAAAAGCCAAUGGCUCAGUGGGCUGAACAAUAUCUUCUACAUGUUCGCCACUCUUGUCUGCGUAUUCACGCUUGAUCGCAUCGGUCGCCGGUGGACACUGUACUGGGGCUCGACAGCGCAGGGGAUCGCGAUGUUCCUGGCGGGAGGAUUCUCGCGGCUGGCCAUCAACGCGCGGGAGGCGGGCAACGACGACAAGGCGGCCUCGUUCGGCGCGGCGGCGGCCGCGAUGAUCUUUAUCUUCACCUCCGUGUUCGGUGCAACAUGGCUGACCGUGCCCUGGAUCUACCCUGCGGAGAUCUAUCCGCUGGCGGUGCGGGCCCGCGGAAAUGCCUGGGGCGUGGUCGGGUGGAGUAUAGGCAACGGAUGGCUGACCCUUUUGUGCCCCGUCAUGUUCAGCGCUAUCGGCGAGAAGACCCUGUAUGUGUUUGCCGCUAGCAAUGUCAUCACUAUUCCCAUGGUGUGGGCGCUGUAUCCCGAGAGUAACCAGCGCACGUUGGAGGAUAUGGAUCUGUUGUUUGCGGCGGAGACUCCUUGGGUGUGGGAUGCGGAGAAGACGUUUGCCAGGUUGAAGGCGGAGAACCCGGGAUAUGUUGAGACGACGGCCAGGAAGGGGAGCCUGGUGGUGGAGCAUGUGAAUGUAUAG